AUGUCAAAGGGAAACCGUAAUUUUUUUUGUUUAUGUGAAAAGAAUGGAAUCGCUAAUGAUUUUCUUCCUUACCAAGAAAGUAGAGGAAGUAGAGGAAGUAGAGGAAGUAGAGGAAAUAGAGGAAGUAGAGGAAGUAGAGGAAGUAGAGGAAGUAGAGGAAGUAGAGAAAGUAGAGGAAGUACAGGAAGUAGAGGAAGUAGAGGAAGUAGAGGAAGUAGAGGAAGUAGAGGAAGUAGAGGAAGUAGAGGAAGUAGAGGAAGUAGAGGAAGUAGAGGAAGUAGAGGAAGUAGAGGAAGUAGAGGAAGUAGAGGAAGUAGAGGAAGUAGAGGAAGUAGAGGAAGUAGAGAAAGUAGAGGAAGUAGAGGAAGUAGAGGAAGUAGAGGAAGUAGAGGAAGUAGAGGAAGUAGAGGAAGUAGAGGAAGUAGAGGAAGUAGAGGAAGUAGAGGAAGUAGAGGAAGUAGAGGAAGUAGAGGAAGUAGAGGAAGUAGAGGAAGUAGAGGAAGUAGAGGAAGUAGAGGAAGUAGAGGAAGUAGAGGAAGUAGAGGAAGUAGAGGAAGUAGAGGAAGUAGAGGAAGUAGAGGAAGUAGAGGAAGUAGAGAAAGUAGAGGAAGUAGAGGAAGUAGAGGAAGUAGAGGAAGUAGAGGAAGUAGGGGAAGUAGAGGAAGUAGGGGAAGUAGAGGAAGUAGAAGAAGUAGAGAAAAUAAAGAAAGUAGAGGAAGUGCAGGAGGUGAGGAAGUAGAAGUAGUAGGGAAAGUAGAGGAAGUAGAGGUAGUAGAGGUAGUAGAGGUAGUAGAGGAAGUAGAGGAAGUAGAGGAAGUAGAGGUAGUAGAGGUAGUAGAGAAAGUAGAGGAAGUAGAGGAAGUAGAGGAAGUAGAGGAAGUAGAGGAAGUAAAGGAAGUAAAGGAAAUAGAGGAAGUAGAGGAAGUAGAGGAAGUAGAGGAAGUAGAGGAAGUAGAGGAAGUAGAGGAAGUAGAGGAAGUAGAGGAAGUAGAGGAAGUAGAGGAAGUAGAGGAAGUAGAGGAAGUAAAGGAAGUAGGGGAAGUAGAGAAAGUAGAAGAAGUAAAAGUAGUAGAGAAAGUAGUAGAGAAAGUAGAAAAAGUAAAGGAAGUAGAGAAAGUAGAAGAAGUAAAAGAAGUUGAGGAAGUAGAGGAAGUAGAGGAAGUAGAGGAAGUAGAGAAAGUAGAGAAAGUAGAGAAAGUAGAGAAAGUAGAGAAAGUAGGGAAAGUAAAGGAAAUAGAGAAAGUAGAAAAAGUAGAGGAAGUAGAAGAAGUUGAGGAAGUAGAGAAAGUAGAGGAAGUAGAGGAAGUAGAGAAAGUAGAGAAAGUAGAGAAAGUAGAGAAAGUAGAGGAAGUAGAGGAAGUAGAGGAAAUAAAGGAAAUAGAGGAAGUAGAGGAAGUAGGGGAAGUAGAGGAAGUAGAGGAAGUAGGGGAAGUAGAAUAA